AUGCAUCGUCUUUUUGCUGAGCUGGAGCCAUCUUUAACCGUCACAGAGCAAAACCUGGCAGACCGAGUUCGGUAUAUCUUGCGCUCAAAUAUAUUUGAUGUCGCCGAACUCGAACGGCUACGACGUGAGGCUGUUCCCUCGUCGGAUGAGAAUGCUACGGCUGAGGAUGCGGCGCCACAAAUGAUAGAGCAACCCGCAAACGUGGAUGCCGCCGUGAAUACCCCAGUCGUGGUUGAUUCAAACGAUGAUGGAACAGUCGCCCAGGAACUGGAAUUAGAGCAUAUGAGGAGUACAUUGGAAGAGGCGAUUGUGGAAACGCAGUACGCCUCUCAAAAAUCGACCACGACUUCCCCGCAUAGCCCUAAGCAAGCGGAAUCGGGCUGUCGUGAGGGCUCUGAACCCAAUGCUGGUAACCUAUUUGGAAGCCAGCCGGGACCUUUGCGAGACGGACUCAAUUCUUUUUGGCGCCGCGCUGGCAGUCUGCCGUAUCAUAGGCGCCAAGGUUUCCACGGCUGGACGCGCUACUGGCCAUAG